AUCACCAGCUUCAACAUCCAAACAAUCCUUCCAACUUACACCACAACUAAAACAACAACACCAAAAACCAAAACCAACUACAUCACCACUAUGCCUGCCUACGAGUACUGCUGCCAGUGUGGAGGCAUGAUUGUCAUCAGCACCACCUGCACCGCCUGUGGCCACAAGCAGUGCAACAACUGCCCUCUCUGCUAAAUGCCCAGUCAAGACGGCGACAACAUCACCUAUCCCACUCCUUUUCCCCUACUCCUCUGAACUCUACCCCAGAGGUUGCAAUGCCCACGAGAUGAGAGUCUCGACACACCCUUUCUCAGAUGAGACAUGACGACUUUUAACGACGGCGCAUCUCCUUCUCUCUACCCUCUUCAACAAUGACACAGUCGUCACAUUCACCCUUUACUUCUUCGACUUGAUUGAUACCCUUCUUCGGCAUUCCAGUAUCAGCAACACUGGUCUCGUUUCAGGUCUUUGUUAAGUUUACAAUGUGCUUUUCCAUCUCUUGCGAGGCGCACAAAGGAAGCAAGGAAAUGACGUCGGUGGUCUUUUUUUGUUCUGCAACCAGGGCGUUUCAAUCGUGCUAGCUUUGGAGGAGGCUUGUCUGGGGGAGGAACGGAUUCAAAACGGAUUAUUUUCUAAGUGUACAACAUAUCGAUACCCGUGGUCUCUUUUAAGAGGGACUUCUUCUUUUCUCUUCAGGAUCGCAGACAAGAAUACCUAAUAACAGGGCUUCUCACUUUCUUCCCA